GGCUCGUUUUCUGAGGUUGCAGUUGUUGGGAUUCCCGACGACAUGACAGGACAGGCUCUGAACGUGUUUGCUUGUCUCAAGGACGGCGUCCGAGAUGACAAGGAGCAACUGAAAGCGUCUUCCAAGCAACAAAUUGGAAAUACGAUCGGACGAUUCGCAGUUCCAAAGCGUGUCUUCAUCAUGAGUGAUCUUCCAAAGACUCGAUCUGGGAAGAUCAUGAGACGGAUAUUAAGAAAGGUCUUGGAGGGCGAGAGGCGGGACUUUGGGGAUACAUCUACUGUGAGUCUGCCGCUGUAGAGUAAUGUCAACAUAAAACCAUACUGACAGAGACAGCUUAUUCGUCCGGGUGUCGUAGAGGAUAUUAUCAAUGAAGUCGAAAGCCAAGCAGAGGCAAAGGAAACCGGUCCCGACACCCAGAAGCCGCCGCAUCCUUUCAAGUCCUACAAUUUGACGCCUCUCGACCAUAUUCUUCCACCGUGCCACAUGUUCAUGUUCCUUACGUUCGACAAAUACACUGAAGAGGGUAUUGAAGCCUUGAAGAGAGGCGUCUCACAUCUAAACGCGCAUCUCCCCUUCCUAACCGGCGUGGUCGUUCCAUCCAGCCAGUCGGGUGGCAAAGAGAACGUAUGCGAAGUACAACCAGCAAGCGCCUCCUUUUUGCAGACCUACCCGAUGCUUCAAGUGGAAUCCCAUCCUGAACUGGACUACACCGCACCGGACGACUUCAUCGACCAGAAAUAUCUUCCGCUGCCGUUUUUUAUGUCCCCUGCGGAGCCGCAGCCUUUGAUCCGCUUCAAGGCCAAUGUGACAAACACCAAGGUUAUCCUCUCUGUGGCCUAUUUCCAUAAAGCGCUGGAUAGUACUGCCGUCUCUGUUGCGGUCAGGGCACUUGCAGAACUCUGCAAAGAUCCCAAUACGUCUCCCGAAUUGCUGCCAACAAGUGUAUCGGCUGAAGAGUCGUCUCGACAGCAUUUGCUAGACUUUGCAGCGCAAUCUCCUGUGCCCUUCAAUUGGACACUGACACCGCCCACAUUUGAUCCGCCGCCAGAGGAUCCGGGCAAGAUUCCUGUCAGUCAGCAUUUCAAACUGAGCGCUGAGAAGAUCUCCUUUCUCAAAAACGCCUGCAACGCAUCCCUUAGCAGCUCGGAAGUUGAUCUACCCCCGCUUACAUCGAACGACAUUAUCACGGCCCUUAUAGGACUCUGCGGGAACAGAGCCCGAUUGAGCACCGUACCCGACUAUAUCCCACCAUCUCCUAAGGUCAUUAUCGCUGCCAAUGUCCGCAAACAAUCCCUCCUCUCUGCGACAUAUUCCGGAAAUGCCCUUUCCGCGGUUGAAGCUUCCUAUGACGCAUCCAUUUUUCCAGAAGGCACUACUCUCUCUGACGGACUCUCCGCGAGCUUAGACUCAGCCGACUUCACUCGUCUGGCAAAUAUAGCUUGCAACCUCCGCAAAGAAAUCACCGCCUUAACAGAGGCCUACAUCAGCGGUAUCCUGCGCACCAUCGCAGACACCCGCGACAUGACCACUUUCUUCCCCGCCUACGGCCGCAGCAUUAUUGUGUCCAGUCUGCGGUGGAUGGACUUCUAUCUUGACUUUGGGGCGUUGGGGAGGGUACAAGAGUAUGAUAUCCCUGAGACCAAGGUGAAGGGGGUUUGUUGGGUUUUGCCGGCGAAGGAUUUGGGGGAUAUUAAGAGGACAGCGAAGCAGGCUUUUGAGCUGAGGUUUGUGUUGGAGAGGGCAGCGAUGAAGCAGUUAAAGGGGGAUAAGCUUUUUCAGUGGGUGUCGGAGGAGUAGGACUCUUUGGCGGAGUGGGAUAUGGGCCCAAGAGAACCAGGUUUAUUCAUCAGACAGUAAAUAAAGGCCUACUUUGAUGCUUGGUCAGAUCAGCCCUAAUAUGGUCAGAAUUCAACAAAGAAACUCAUAUGACAGUGAAUGCUUGUGUUUAAUCUCCAACAGAAG